AUGAGCUCCCAAGGAAACGACCCGCCCGCAUUGGAUGUCGCCGCAAGUGAGCUCGUCGAGUCUCUCAACGCCCUGACCAAUCAGAUUUAUGAGACCUCCAAGGAAUACAAGGACCCCUCGGGGCAACAAGGUCUCCUACUUCGUCAACGAAUGACCAAUGCGGCCCGACAGAUCAUCAACGUCGUCCGGGAGCCUGGUGAGACGCCAUAUGAAUUCUCGACACACAUGGCCGAGAUGGGGGCGAUUCGGAUGUUUAUGAAGAUGAAAGCAUUUGACAAGAUUCCGUUGGAAGGAAGCAUUUCCUACGAGGAUUUGGCGGCCAGUCUCGGUGCUGAGGUGCCGCUCGUCACUCGCAUGGCUUGGAUGAUGGUGGCUACAGGUUUCCUCCAUCAAAUUGGGGAGAACCGUGUCGCACAUUCCAGGCUUUCAAAGCUCUAUGUCUCUGGAAACGCCCAAGGGGUCUUUUUCCAGAUCAUGUUCGAUGAAGCCAUGGUCCCAUGGGCCCAGUGGCCGCAAUUCUUCGCCAAGUACGGUCUGAAAGAACCCAAGUUGGGGAAUCACAAUCCCCACUCGUUCGCGUGGGGCGACCCGGACAAGAAUUUCUGGGAAGUCAUCAGCAAGGACCCGGAACGUCUGGUCGAUUUUAAUCAGAGCAUGAAUACGCUCGACGAGGUGCUGCCGGUGACGGGAAUGUACGAUUUCAGCUGGAUUGCGAAGAACACGGAAGAUCCCGAGGACAGACCGCUGAUUGUCGAUGUCGGCGGUGGCAAAGGCCAGGCCCUCAAGCGCAUCAUGGCUGCGUUUCCUGAGAUCCCGGCCAAGAGACUGGUGUUGCAGGACCGGGCACCGGUCAUUCAGGAAGUCAUUCAGGCCAACGAACCCGGCGCUCUCGUCUACUACAUCCGGCGCUGCAUGCAUGACUGGUCCGACACGAACGAUCGCAUCAUCCUCUCUCACCUCGCCGACGCCAUGGCCCCGGACUCCAGAGUCCUAAUCACCGAGCAAGUCAUGCCAAAUCCGCCCACGGCCCUGAAUGCCUGGACCGAUCUCUGCAUGAUGAACCUCGGUGGCAAGGAGCGGACCGAGAAGAUGUUCGAUGACCUGACAGCGAGUGCUGGGUUGAAGAUUAUCGGCGUGCACAAGAGCUUGGCGACUGACGUUGCGGUUAUCGAAUGCGUCAAGGUGUGA